CGUCCUCAUAGCUAUGGAAGUUUCACCGUAUCUAAUUUGCCUCGAUUGUUACCGUUCUUCUUGUACUGGAGUUCAUUGUUCUCCUGAGCUCAAUUCCAUGGCCGAUUCUUGUGAUUGCAGCUCUGAUGCGGUGUUUGAUUUAUAGAGCUUUAAUUUCUGUUUGACUGAUUUUGACAUUGUUUUAGUCUCGAUUGGAAAAGAGAGAGCUAUUUCAAUGGCGUCGUGUCUGCCACCGCUGAUGACUCGCUCAGCUUCCGUCUGCGCUGCUGACUGUGACGAUCGGCGGAGCCUGAGGUAUGUUCGAUGGAAUGGUUAUGAUGAGAGGACCACGAAAUCGAGCAAGUACCAGAGGAGGAGGAGGAGCCUUGUUCUUGGCUCUGCUUCUUCUGCUUCUGCUGCUUCCCCUCGUGCCCAAAUUUAUCAGCAGGUUCUUAAGGCUGCCAGACAAAAGUUUACUCAGGAAAUCUCCUUCCGGUCCAAAGACAAGGACGUCUCUCUUGCGAAGGCUUUGCUCUACAUAGCAGCUGAAGAUGAAGCAUUUAUGGCUUUUAAUCGAGAGAUGGAUGCUUUCUCAAUUCAUAAGGAAAGAAAAGGUGUUUCUGGCCCACCAACUCCCCAAGAGCAAGAGUGGAAUGAUGUGGAGGGCAUGUCAUUGGCUGGGAAAACUAUACAUGAUUGGCAGGCUGAACUGGAUGCUAUUGCCAAAGAAGUUGAAGCAGAGCUAAUUUCAAAAGACAUAGGUUGUCAUUUGGCUCAAGUUUUGGAGGCAGUAAAUAUGGUUCUUUUUGAGUCAAGAGGCUUCAGAAGGUCGCCCGUUCUUGGAGAUCCAAAGAAUUCAUACUUGCACUUAGUUCUAAGCUCUGGAUGUGGAAUUGCAAUAAUGCUUAGCAUUAUAUACAUUGAGGUCUGCCGAAGACUUAGUCUGACCAUAGUGGGAUCUCGAGUUGGGGAAGAAUUUUUGAUCUGGCCGCAAACAGGAAAUCCAGAGGAGCUGUUCAAGGUAACGUCAGGGCACAGUCUGUUUGCAAUUGUCAAUGGAAGGUGUGUCGAAGACCCUAGAUCAAAGGCAUCAGAUUUAACAAGCAAUUCACUGUCGGGUCUCGAGAUAGCUACUAACCGAGACAUUAUUGGGAUUGCCUUGGCAAAUCUUGUUAGGCUUCACUGGAAACAUGCUUCAAGAUCAACUCAUGGACUGAUGCUGACUUCUCCACUCAGGCAUGUUCACAAUGCUCAUGAUAAACUUUACAAGAUCACUGAUUCAAAGGCUCCUCUGUUACGACCCCAAGAACUAAGGUUGGCCAUCAUGGCUUCAGAAAGAUUGUUGAUCCUCCAACCACAUAAUUGGGCCUCGAGGAGAGACCAUGGCAUGAUGCUAUACUACAAUAGGGAGUACGGGAAGGCUGUCCAAGAGCUUAGCAUCUGCAUGGCUUUUGCCCCAGAAGAAGAGGCAGAAGUUCUUGAACCAUUUGUCGAGAAGUUGCAUCUGCUGCGGCUUGAAUCAUCGUGGAAAUCUUUAGAGCACUCAAGUCAAGUGAAAGUCUCUUAACUUCUCGAGUACAUAACCAGCAACCUCUCGGUUUACUUGAACUGCAUCUGCUACUGUUAAUUUGUCCCAGAAAUAUGUAUAAUAGCAUGGAUUUGGAAGAACAAACUACAAACUAGGGUUGAUCGUACGAUCUCAAGGCAACAUUACUUCACCAACUACGCUUAGAGAUCUCUUUAUGCAUAUUGAGAGAGUAUAACAAGGAAAGAAACAAUGAAACAUGUGGAACUUGUAACGUAGCUGUGGUGUGGGUGGUGGUGGAGUGUUAGGCGUGGUUUUUGUCUGUUGAUAUAACAUGGCGAUGAAUUUACGUUGGUAAGACAUUUCCGGAAAUGUCGUCGUUAGAAAUGGCGUGGUACUAAAAUUUAACCUUUGUCCACAUGGUUAAAUCAGAAAGUAAAUUGAAACAUACCUUUGCGGGUGAAAAUUUUGGCUUACGGAAGUGUCGGCAGGUAACUGGAGGAGGAUGAAGAUGGUGCCUUUUCAAAGUUAUCUUCCACAAUAUACAAAUUCUCCAUUACCAAACCAGAUAAGAACAUGUAGAUGUUGUAGCCGAGUUUCUCUACAUCGAUAUGCACAUGGGGUUUUAGGCAAAGUAUGCUGUACAAAAAUACAAACUAGAUAUGACAUACAACACGUCGCAAGUUGGGUCAGCAUCAUCAGCAGAUAUGCCAAUCUGAUUUGAGCUCUACUAUAGUGCCAUCACUUGUCUCCAUCAAUCUUUUUAGACCUGGAUAAGGAUCAAGAUGCAGAACUAGCAGUGUCCAUAUCACUGGUUUAAUGUCUUCUGUCCCAUCACAAGUGUAUAAUUCAUCGUUGCUGUUGCAUUCUGCUUGCUC